AUGAUUCAUUUAGGGUUGUAUGAGAUGAUAAAGGAUAAAUUAAAAUCAAAUCAUAUUGUCUAUGUUAGUGGUAAUACAUUAGAUUUACUUUGCGCAAGAGGUUGCAAUGAUAAAGAGUUAUAUAGAAGUCUAUGGUCAAAGAAAAGGGAGUAUUUAUUAAUAAAAGACCCAUUUCAAAUUGCAAUUGUAAAUGAUUCAGUUUUUUUCUUUAAAAUGUUUAUCGAAUUGUAUGGACUUUAUAAUGACAGUGGUGAUGAUUACCAGUUAAGCAAUUUAGUAUCAAUAAAUGGUUUUUAUACAAAAGCAAAUUUAAUGCAAAUGGCACUUUCACAUGGAGCUAUCCAAGUUGCAGAUUUUAUCAGAGUUAAUUACAAACUAUCAAACGAUUGCGAAGAGUAUAAUGAAAAAAUGUUAAUUUUUUCCGCUGUAUCUUCGCCACACAAAGAUCUGGCAUUAGAUUUCAUUGAAAAGAAAUUAAAUUUACCAAUAGAUUCUUUAGCGAAAAGAACCAAAUCACCAAAUAUUUUAGAAAAAGAUAACUUACCAAAAUUGGUGGAUAUUAUAGGAAUAAAUUCACUAGAUUAUAAAAUUUCAUUAUUAAUGAACCAGUUUUAUGACAGAGGUUCAAGAGCAUUGGCAGCCCACUAUUUUGACAUAAAGUUCGAUUCAAGGUACUUUACAAAUCCGAAAAUAUUGGAAUAUAUUUUAUUAAUGCGGGGCGUUAUUUCAAACAAUUAUGAUUUCGAAAAGCUGCAAGCUUUUUUAUUAGGAAAUCCAGAUUACCCAGUUAAGCAGCUUAUAGAUACAUUCCCAUUGGCAGUGUUUAAAGAAGAUUAUUAUCUAUGGAGGGUUGGUUUGGAAGAUUACGAAAAAAUUAAGACUUUUAGCUCAUCUGCCAGUUUACAAGACCUGUACUCUUAUGCAUUUUUAAACUUUGAUAUCGAUGCAUUACAAAUGUUUAUAAAGUACCACACCAAGUUAGGCGGCCCUUUUUAUUUGUCAGAUUCGUUACUCAAAAUAGAUGACAGCUCUUUACUAAAGAUUAAAACCAUCGAAGAAAUUUUUAGAUUUUUUAGUUUAUGUCAAGAUAAUAAUUUUCCAAUCCACUGGCGCGAAGUUUUUAGGUGGUUAGCAAGGCUAUAUCCUUUAGAGGUUUUAGAAGCGUUGUUUUUCAAAUUUCAAAAUAUAGAAUUGGAAUUUAAUAAAGUGGUAGGAAGGUACUUUUAUUUCCUAAUUGAAGAUUUCAGCGCCAUCAAUAGUGAAGCAAUGAUAUUCGAUGAAAGAAAAGUUAACUUUUUAUACAACACGUUCAUCAAUACCCCCACCCUCUCAGAUGAAAAUAAAAAACAGUUGUCUGAAUGCGUAGAUGGAGAUAUAAUAAAAAGAUUUAAAAUGGUACAUACCUUAAUAAAACUCGAUCAAGAUAAAAAAGAGCUAUUUUUUUUAUUAGGGGAUAUGAUGUUUGGUAUCCUCUCCAAUGACUUGGCUAUCGAGGAAAAAAUCACAAUUUAUGAAUAUACCGAUCAAGUCCAAAUAGAUAACUAUUUCAAUAAACGGAUCAUUGAAGUAUUCGAGAUUAACCUACUAAAAAUGAACGUUUUACACAUGUUAUUGCCAUCAAAUAUAAUAUCAUCAAUUCAAAGUAAUGAUGCACAGGGAUUUUUCACAAUUAUCAAGUCUAUAGCAAAAAAGAAUAAUUUACAAAUCGAUAACGAAUCAUUAUUAAAAACAAAAGAAGACUACAUAAAAUAUUUAAUUUCAAACUCAUUAUUUCAUCAUAUUCCAGGUGUGUCAAUGGGUUUAAUUUUAAUUGGAAUCUCAUCAGAAGAUGAACAUAUUACAAUAGAGUUGGUCGAUAUGAUAUUAAGAGUAUAUCCAGAUGGCGAAAAUAAAAAGGAACUAAUUUCAUCAUUAAUGAAAAUGUCAUUAGAGAAACACCUGUACAAGUUAUUUAAUUAUCUUUUUAAAAAUGGAUAUCUCAAUAUAAAAGAUGAUGGUUUAACGACUUGUGAAGUUAUGCAGCAGCGGAUUUGGGAAACAGAGUAUUCUAAAUUAUAUGAAGAACCGCUUGAAAAAGAAUUUACCGUCACUUAUAUGAACUAUAUUAAAUUACAAGAUUUCAAGGUAUAUUUUCAAGAUAGUCAAGAUUUUAGGAGUUACUAUAUGGAUCUUGCCAUUUGUUGUAAUAGAGUAGAUAUAUUUGACUAUUUACUUCAAAACUGCAGCGACACCAUACCAAGUAAUAAAUUACUAAAAGAAGCAUUUAUAAAAGGCAAUAUACCAAUUAUAGAGUAUCUUUUUAAAGAGAAAAAGGAAUUUUUUACAAAUAGAGCUAUAGAUCCAAAUGAAUUAAAUGAACUUGCAUUAACUAAUGGUCAUAUAUCAGUUCAUAAAAUUAUUAAAUCUCAAUUUCCAGAUUUUAAUUUCAAACCAAUUAAAAACCCAGUACUCACAUCAAUCGUCAAAAAUGAUUUUUGUUUUACUUUAGAAUUUUUAUUUAAUACGAAUCAGUUACCCAAUUUAGAACAGUUUUUAAAAAUUAAAAAUAUAUUAAACCAUGUUUCAGAGAAAAUGAAAUUUAUGAUAUUAAAUUAUAAUAAAAUUCAAAAAGAAGUAAAAACAAACGAUGAUUCAGUCGAAAAUGAAAAAGUAUUAAAAAAAUUUAAAUACAAUUAA